AUGGUAUGCACUGCGAUCCGUCUGAUGGCGAAUGCAUCUGUCCUCCUGGCAAGAGAGGAGCUAAAUGUGAACAAGUUCGCUCUGAACGCACCUAUACUUGACCUCAUCGGAUACGGAGGAUUUUGCGAAGGGCACUUACUGAUAACGGAUAGUCGUCUCUGGGGUGAGACAUCAGGUCAGCCGACGAGGGAUGAUACUGCGCGCUGUUACACCAUUUGUUGCACUUGGAACUACAUUACUGGAGAUUGCCGUUGUCCUCCAGGAUGGACGGGACCGGAUUGUGCGACGCCAUGUCCUCCUGGAAGAUGGGGAUCUGGCUGCGGUAGUGAGUGUGAGUGCUCGAAUGGCGCGACAUGUGAUCGUCUCACCGGGUUUUGCGACUGCCCUGCUGGAUUUAUGGGGAAGAAUUGUGAAACAGAAAUCAAAAAAUCUUCGAUAAAGUCGCUGUAUUCGGUGACACUCCAACUGACAGCACAAUACCACAUGUCACCGUAUUCAUCCGAGCUG